CAUAUCUGCAGCAGACAGACAAACACUGAUUUGAUCUUACUCUUGUUGAACUGAGGCCCAUCUCCAAUCACAGCAUGACAAGCUACACUGAUAAAGGGGAGAAGCCCGAAAGGGGAAAAUUUGUCAAGUUUCAUCAUAUCACCUUCUGGGUGGGCAAUGCGAAACAGGCAGCGUCCUUCUACUGUGACAAGAUGGGUUUCGAGCCUUUGGCCUACAAGGGCUUGGAGACCGGCAGCCGAGAGGUGGUGUCACAUGUCAUCAGGCAAGAUAAGAUCGUAUUUGUGUUGGAAUCUCCGCUCAAUCCUGGAAAUGAAGAGAUGGGACAGCACUUGAUGAAGCACGGAGACGGAGCCAAAGACAUCGCAUUCCAAGUGGAGGACUGUGAUUAUUUAAUUAAGACCGCCAAGGAGCGAGGAGCUGUCAUUGUGAAGGAGCCCUGGGUGGAGCAGGACAACCACGGGAGGGUCAAAUAUGCUGUGGUCCAGACGUAUGGCGAUACAACACACACGUUCAUCGAGUACCUGGGGCCCUACAAAGGCCUUUUUCUGCCUGGCUACAAACAACCACUGUUUAGAGAUCCUCUCCUAGCCAAACUCCCACCGGCAGGUUUGAGAUUCAUUGAUCACAUUGUGGGAAACCAGCCAGAUGAUCAAAUGGUGCCAAUUUCAGACUGGUAUCAGAAGUGUUUGAUGUUCCAUCGGUUCUGGUCCAUAGAUGACAAGCAGAUCCACACAAAGUACAGCGCACUCAGGUCCAUUGUGGUGACCAACUAUGAAGAAACCAUCAAGAUGCCCAUCAAUGAACCUGCUGUGGGAAAUAAAAAGUCACAAAUACAGGGAGAAAAAAAGGCAAAGCUACAUGGCUCAGUGGGAUUCAGGUCAGGACUUGGACUAGACCACUCCAAAGUCUUCAUCCAUUCAAAGGUGGACUUGCUGGUGUGUUUUGGAUCAUUGUCCUGCUGCAGAAGCCAAGUUGCUUUCAGCUUGAGGUCACCAACAUUCUCCUUCAGCACAAUUCAUGCUUCCAUUUAUCACAGCAAGUCUUCCAGGUCCUGAAGACCAUCACACUACCACCACCAUGUUUUACUGUUCACCUUUUGAGCAUUUUCCCAAAGGUGUUGGGGAUCAUCAAGAUGUUUCCUGGCAAAACUGAGACGAGCCUUAAUGUUGUUUUUGUUCAGCAGUGGUUUUGGUCUUAGAACUCGGCCAUGCAGGCCGUUUUUGCCCAGCGUCUUUCUUAUGGUGGAGUCAUGAACACUGACCUUAACUGAGGCAAGUGAGGCCUGCAGUUGUUGGAUGUUGUUGUGGGGUCUUUUGUGACCUCUCGGAUGAGUCGCUGCUGCGCUCUUGGGGUCAUUUUGGUUGGCCGGCCACUCCUGGGAAGGUUCACCACUGUUCCAUGUUUUCACCAUUUGUGGAUAAUGGCUCUCACUGUGGUUGGCUGGAGUCCCAAAGCUUUAGAAAUGACUUUAUAACCUUUUCCACACUUAUAGAUCUCAAUUAUUUGACUAUUUUUCAUUGAAAAAGUGCAUUUUGUGUUGAGUUGUGUUGUCAUUGACUAAUAUUUAUUUAUUUGUUUGAUGAUCUGAAACAUUGAAGUUGACAAACAUGCAAAACAAAUAAGACAUCAGGAGGGGGCCAACACUGCGCAUGUAUUGUCUGUACUUGCCAAUGUGGAGUACGGUGGGUCCAUGCGUGGUAUGUGUCGUGUGC